AUGUGCGACGCAGCCGCUUCACGCCCAGAUGGUGCUCCAUCAGCUGUCAAAACAGCCUUGCUGAUCCCCGGUCGCGGUGACCCCAUCAAAGACGCUAUCCUCGUCUACUCCUCUGGCAAGAUCGACUACGCCGGCCCGCUGUCCGACCUCCCCGCCUCCCUGGUCGCCCCCCCCGAGCGCACCGUCUCCGUGCCCGUGCUGCUCCCCGGCCUCUGGGACUGCCACGUGCACUACCUCGGCCACCUGGAGCAGAGCAUGGCCGGCAUGGCCGACCCGCACCCGUUCCUCUCCGGCACCCGCGCCGCCCACGACGUCGCCGCCACGCUCAACGCCGGCUUCACCAGCGUCCGCGAGACCGCCGGGUGGGGCGCCGAGCUCGCCGCCGAGAUCGCCGCCGGCCGCCUCCUCGGUCCCACCAUCUACUCCGUCUGCGCCGCCAUCUCCUGCACCGGCGGCCACGUCGACCAUCACCACAUGCCCGAGGCGCACUUUCGCGAGCUCGGCUGCCGCGGCCUGCCCCUCGUCGUCGCCGACGGCGUCCCCGAGUGCGUCAAGGCCGUCCGCCAGCAACUCCGCCGCGGCGCGCGCUGCAUCAAGAUCUGCACCAGCGGCGGCGUCUCCAGCGACCGGGACGACCCGCGCCACCAGCAGUUCUCGGACGAGGAGGUGCGCGCCAUGGUGGACGAGGCGACGCGCGCGCGCCGCGCCGUGGCCGCGCACGCCCACGGCAAGCCCGGCAUCCUGGCCGCCGUGCGCAACGGCGUCACCACCGUCGAGCACGGCGUGUACCUAGACGACGAGGCGAUCGCGCUGAUGAAGGAGCGCGGCACGAUCCUGGUGCCCACGCGGGCCAUCGUGGAGGACGGCCUAGCCACGGCAGAGUCGUGGUCGGCGCGCGCGUACGAGAAGCUGCAGGGCGUCGCUGUCCGACACGCGGAGUCGUACCGGGCGGCGGUGGCGGCCGGGGUGCGGAUCGCGAGCGGCUCCGAUUAUGGGAUCAGCAAGCGCGGGACACCGCUGAGCCACGGACACAACGGCAGGGAGCUGGAGCUGGCGGUGACGGUGGGCGGGAUGACGCCUCUGCAGGCGAUCGAGGCGGCGACGGCGACGGCGCCCGAGGUGCUCGGCCCGCAGGCGCCGAGGAGCGGGCUGCUGGCGCCGGGGUACGACGCCGACUUCAUCGCCGUGACGUCGGACCCGCUGGUUGACAUGGCCGUCAUCGCGGACCCGGACAACGUGACGCACGUCUGGCUUGCGGGGUCGCUGAAGAAGGCGCCGGGGAAGCCGAUCCUUGCUCUCAGCCGGACAAAGAACUAA